UGCAGGCUCUGUGGCUCAGUGCGCGAGCAAGCGUGAUACGGAAUGAACGUGUGGUGCAUUUUGCGCGGACGUUAACACGGCGAUUUAUUUUUUAUUUGCGAUUUAUACAGACCAGAAUUUAAGCCGUUUUGGAGUAUAAAUUCGGACAUAUAAAAGUUUUUAAUGUCCAAUACUUACUUUCAAAUAGUUCGCGCAGAGUUUUGACCAAAAUUGUGAACUUCCGUAUAGACGCGAAAAACAAGUGAAGAAGACGUUAUUUCGAAAUAGAAGAACUGUUUUGUACAUUUUCGCAACUUUUGCGAAAUUGUGUUCAAAAAUACUGGCUUGUUCGUGGAGGGUGACAUAAAAAAACUGCCCUAAGCCAUCUAGAUCAGGUUCAAUCUGUGGUCAACGAACAAAAAACAAAAAGGCAACGAUUUACUAACAUUGCAACUUCAUUCGACUAAAUUCUUGUUUAGUUCAUCCGUAUCGUGACUUUUAGACGUUUUCCAUAAAUUACAGUGAUUCGUAUAAAAUUUCGUGCCGUUGUGGAUCAGUUGGCGAAUAUAGUAUCGCGUCACAAGAACUAAAUCCUGGAUAUCAACUAGUGCCUUCUUGGUUUUCUACAUCAUGUCUACUGCCAUAAUGCAUCAGUCUGCGCUGUACGAUUUUGGUGAUCUGUUCUUGAAGAACCAGUCUCGACCAGUGCAGACUAUGAACAGCGCGCUGGGGCCCGUCGGUGCUACAACUGUUACGAGCAGCGUUAGCUGGGAGCAACAUCCAGCUCUCGCGCGGGCUGCAUCUGUUCCAGCCCAAAGAACUCUCGUCGGCAUUCUGAACAGUCUUGGCCACCGCCGCCUGGAGCGUACUACCAGUGACCCAGCUCCUCCGCCUCCAGCCACAAGCAGAUACAAGACGGAACUUUGCCGACCCUUCGAGGAAGCCGGUGUGUGUAAAUAUGGAGACAAAUGCCAAUUCGCGCACGGGAUUCGUGAGCUCCGCAAUCUUCAACGCCACCCUAAAUACAAGACCGAGCUGUGCCGUACCUUCCACUCUGUAGGAUUCUGUCCCUAUGGUCCACGAUGCCAUUUCGUCCACAAUGCUGACGAGGCCAGGCCCCGGGAAUCUUCAUCAUCUGGUGGAUCUGUAGCGUCGCUGUCUUCUGGGGGCUCACUUGCGUCUUACAUGAGUGACGGAUCUCGCUCUCCCAGAUCACCUCAUUCUCCGCUGGCACCGCAGUCUCCGUUGACUCCUCAGUCACCCCCAGCCAUGUCUCCGCCAGCAACGGCGUUUGCGUUCCGUCGUGCCCAGUCCCCGGACCCUGAGGAAGAGCGACUCCCGGUAUUCAACCGCUUGUCGUCGGCAUUCGGAGACCUUGUGAUCGCCUAGGUGCGAUCAACUAGUCCUAAGUUAACGAAUCGAGCGUAGCGUAAAUUGUCCGUCACCUAAGUGCCUCCUCGACGUCUUCCAGCGGCCGAGCCGUCCCGCUCGUCGCGCUUUUGCCCGCACACCCGCUCAACGAAUGAUCUCCAGUCUACUGAUGUCCUAAGUACAUUGCCUUGUAAAAAUUGUAUUGUAAAGAUAAAGUGUUCACUGGCGUCUCGAAAGUUUGCGGUGUGAAUAUAGUCGUAUGUACAUCAUUUAAGUUAUCGGCACGCACUUGUAAAUGGCACCUUAUAAUUUUAGAAUAUUUAUUUAGUAGCUCGCGGAAGUCUUCCCGAUGCGAUCCUCCGCCGAGCGGUGGUCUCUGUAAAGUUAGUUUAUAGUUACAUUAUUAUUUAUUUCGUAAACUGCCUAUCCGCGCUCGGUACCGUACCGCGAGAAGGCGCUCGUGAUCUAUUUUUAAGGAUUAAGAUAAUAAUUUAUUAUUUAUUUCGAGUCUCUUUAACUAUAAUUAUUAUUCAUAGUGAUUCCGCACCGCAUUCGGACGGGGCAUGCGUCGACGGGACGUGGCUCGUUUCGUGUCGAUCUCCUCCACUUUUGGUACUUCAAUCUAAUUGUUUUGCCUAAAAUUUGCACAAGUGGAUCUGACUGACAAGUCUUCAAACUUGACGGGUUUAUUUUUUGACAAAUGAUUGCUCUAAAUGUAAGAACUACGAGUUUGUUCGCUGGUACAACCAUUGCAGAAUUAUCCAGAAUUACGAACCAACAACUGUCGCUAGCUGUAUCAAUCAUCCGAGUCCGUAAGGAAUAUCGAAGCAAUCACGCAGCGCGCCUCCAGCCAUUCGCCUGCGACUUGUCUUUUUUGCGUCGAGCGAGGGCGCGCAGCAAACACAAACCAGUUUCAGAGUUUUGGUGUUUUUUUUUUUCCACCGUAAAGCUCCUCUCGCUCGAUGCUAUCGUACCCGGACGCAAAUAAAAAUCUGAGAAUGAACCCGUCAAUUUCUCAUAAGCUCUGUACUAACAUAUACAGCGAUGUUUAUCAAGGACAAAAGUUAUAACAGUCGGCGGCGAUCCGCGGUGCGCAGACGCUACCCUCUCGCGCUUCCAAACGUCUCGCGCCGCGAUACACAGUGCCUUUUACUUGUAACAGAUAUAAAUCUAUAUAAUAUUUAAUGCUUAGAUUAUCUACAUAGAUAGUUUAUUUAUUGUCUCUUUUGAAUGUUAUAUUCAAAUUGGCACACUUUUUGUACUUUUGACAGAGCUAUAAGUGGUUAGUUUCGACGUAGAAUAGUUUUUACUUUGAAUUUAAAGUGUGAUAUUUUAUAAUAUUUAUAUAAAAAAGUUUGAGAAUUAAGGGACCAAUUAAGCGAUUAGGAGAAAUUCUGAUAGAAGCCUACCGAUGUUUUCUUAAAGUCGAAAGUUGACUAUUUUUGUAUUAAUAUUUGAUAAAUAAAAGACCAUUUUCUUAUA